AUGCGAAAAAUCUGCAUCAUGGAACUUCUUAGCGAUAAAAGUGUUUUGUCCUUCCACAAAAUUAGACAGGAUGAGGUUUUGCAUCUGGUUGAAGUGAUAAGGCAAUUGGCAGGUAAGAGUGUCAAUAUAACUGAACAACUUUUCUCACAUACAAGUUCGAUGGUUUGUAGAGCUGCAUUUGGUCAAGUUUCCAAAGAAGAUCGAUACAAAUUUGUACGAUUAAUGAAGCAAGUGUUAGCUUUAGAAGAAGGUUUUCAUAUGGCUGAUCUAUUUCUUUCUUACAGAAUUUUUCAUGUCCUGACUGGACUGAAGCCUGAAUUGCUGAAGAUCCACCACAAAAUGGACAUUAUAUUUGAAAACUUAAUCAAGGAACACAUCAAUAAUCACACUAGGAACAAGAAGUUCAUUGCCGAUCCUAAUCAGAAAGAUCUUAUUGAUGUUCUACUGCAAAUUAGAGAUAGUGGGGACCUUCAAUUUCCAAUCUCCAAUGACGAUAUCAAAGCUAUCAUCUUUGUAGUUGAUCCAUAG